CAUAAAAUGGAUUCUCUCAGCACAGCGAGCGUUGAAUUUUGCCUUGAUGUGUUCAAAGAGCUGAACAGUCACAACAUAGGAGAAAACGUCUUCUUUUCGCCGUUGAGUCUGCUUUAUGCUCUAAGUAUGGUCCUCCUUGGUGCCAGAGGAAACAGUUCAGGGCAGAUAGAGAAGGUGCUUCACUUUAAUCGUAUUGCAGAACCAUUGAAACCAGAAUUCAGGGACUCAGCUAAGUGCAGCCGAGCUGGAAGGAUUCAUUCAGAGUUUGGAGUCUUAUUCUCUCAAAUUAACCAGCCAGACUCUAACCAUACCCUCAGCAUGGCCAACAGACUCUAUGGGGCAAAGGCGAUGGUCUUCCAUCAGCAAUAUCUAAAAUGUUCUGAGAAAUUGUAUCAGACUGCGCCACAAACUGUUGAUUUUGAACGGGCUCCGGAAGAAACGAGGAAAACUAUUAAUGCUUGGGUUGAAAGUAAAACUAAUGGAAAAGUCACAAACCUCUUUGGAAAGGGCACAAUUGACCCCUCUUGUGUAAUGGUCCUGGUGAACGCCAUAUAUUUCAAAGGACAAUGGCAAAAUAAGUUUCAGGAAAGAGAGACAAUUAAAACCCCUUUUCAGCUAAGUGAGGGUAAAAGCAAAAUGGUGGAAAUGAUGUAUCAAACCGGAACAUAUAAAUUAGCCUUGAUAAAGGAGCCGCAGAUGCAAGUUCUGGAGCUUCCCUAUGUUAACAACAAACUAAGCAUGAUUAUUCUGCUUCCCGUAGGCACGGCCAGUCUAGAGCAGAUAGAGAAGCAGCUGAACAUGCAGACGUUUUAUGAGUGGACCAGCUCUGCUAACAUGGUAGAGAGGGAAGUUGAAGUCCAUAUCCCCAAAUUCAAACUGGAAAUCAAGUACGAGCUAAAUUCUCUGCUAAACUCCCUUGGGAUGACAGAUAUCUUCAAUGAAAUCAAAGCUGAUCUCUCUGGAAUGUCACCAGCCAAAGGCCUGUAUUUAUCAAAGGUCAUCCACAAGUCAUACGUGGAUGUCAAUGAAGAGGGGACUGAGGCGGCAGCAGCCACUGGGGACAGCUUCGUUGUAAAAAGACUCCCCAUCCGGGCUCAGUUCAUGGCGAACCACCCCUUCCUGUUUUUCAUAAGGCACCUUCCUACCAACAUGCCCCUCUUCUGUGGCAAACUCGCUUCCCCCUAAACAGGUGGGGCUGAGCGAGGCUCAGGGUCACAGAGGAGGGACAGGGACAAACCCAUGACUAAAAGUAGCUCAUCCCUUGCACAACUCUUUGCUCAUCUGCAAAAUGGGUCUAGGAUCUCUCUCAACUUAUACCUUGAAUUGGUGAACUCUAAGAUUAUGGAAAUCAUGGAAGAAGGUACAUUUACAAAAAAGUUUCUCUGGUUCUCUUAUCUCUGGGGCCAUUUAAGUGCUAUCUGGUGACAUGAUCAAGUCAAUGAGAACAAUUUUCAAGGGUUGGAUUUACUUGACUUGUAUAUAUCAGUGAUCUCUUGAACAAGUGACCAAUCUACCUUCAGAAAACUAAAUUAAGGGCUUCAGCUUGGUUGGAUUUUUAAAUAUUAUAGUUUUCCUUGCCGGUGUGGACAUAACAUGAAUUUUAGUUCAAAAUUCUGUAUUCACUAUA